UCUUCGUGUGUAUCUAUAUAUGAGAAAUCUGGCGAGCGUUGUUCUUCGGUCUGUUGUCGUUAGUUGUUGUCAUGGCUACCGGCGCUUCUUCUUCUUCCGCUUGGGCCGUGAGCUUACAUGCGAGGAAUCGUCGGUGCAGAUGGCGGAGCAGGACGGCGGUGGCAGUGGCGCCCGAGAAGCCGGCUGCUGCGGCGGUGAGGGUUCGGUCGCCGUCGUCGGUGGCGGAGUGCGGGUUGGCGAGUAUGUGGAGGAAAAUACAGGGGGCCGAUGACUGGGCCGGUCUGGUCGAGCCGCUGAACCCGGUUCUGCGCGACGAGGUGGUGCGGUACGGGGAGCUGGUGACGGCGUGCUACGAGGCGUUCGAUCUCGACCCGACCUCGCCGCGCUUCCUCAAGUGCAAGCACGGCAAGGCCCGGUUGCUGCACGAGUCCGGGCUCGGCUCGGCCGGAUACGAGAUAACCCGGUACAUCUACGCGACGCCGCCGGAGAUCGUGGGCCGCGGCGGGGGCGGAGGGGGAGGGCGGUGGAUCGGGUACGUGGCGGUGGCGACGGAUGAGGUGGCUCGCCGGCUGGGCCGCCGCGACGUGCUCGUGGCGUUCAGGGGAACGGUGACCAAGUCGGAGUGGGCGGCGAACUUGAUGAGCUCGCUGACGCCGGCCCGGCUCGAUCCGCACGACCCGCGGCCGGAGGUCAAGGUAGAGUCCGGCUUUCUCGGCCUCUACACAAACGAGCGCGGCCGGUUCAGCCACGGGAGCUGCCGCGAGCAGCUGCUGAAGGAGGUGUCGCGGCUGGUAAAGCAGCACGAAACAGAGGAGAUGAGCCUCACAUUGGCAGGGCACAGCAUGGGCUCCGCCCUGGCGUUGCUUCUCGGCUACGACCUAGCGGAGCUGGGGAUCAACAGGCGGGCGGAUUCGUCGGUUCCGAUCACGGUGUACUCCUACGGCGGGCCGAGGGUCGGGAAUUGGGGGUUCAAGGAGCGGUGCGAGGAGCUGCGGGUGAAGGUGCUGCGGGUGGCCAACGUCAGGGACCCGGUGACGAAGCUCCCCGGACUGUUCCUGAACGAGAGCCUCCGGCGAUGGGGCGCCGCCGCCGGGUGCUAUGCCCACGUCGGGGUGGAGCUAGCGCUCGACUUCUUCGAAGUGAAGAACCCGGCGUGCGUGCAUGACAUGGCCAAGUACGUGGCGCUGUUGAAGGGCCAGCAUAGCAUUUUCAAGGAGGGGGCGCCCGCCGACAGCGGUAUCAAUUGGGCGGGGAAGGCGGCGGUGUUGCUGAGGAAGAAGAUGGAGGAGUUGGCGUGGCGGCCGGACACAGCGCUGCUAAGCCAAGUGGGUAUUUUGGUCCAAUCACUGGGACUCAUCUGA